AUGAAAACCGGUCUCACGUUGCUGGUCAACAUAACACGUCGACUCCAUUUCACUCCCCCUCAGCCCCUCCGCCGCUAUAACCACACCAUGACCGCCGUUGCCUACACUCUACCGCCGGCGGACCUCUUCACCACCAACAAUUACAUUAACAGCCUAGCCAAAAGCGGCCAGCUGCAUUUGGCCAACAAAGUGUUCGACAAAAUGCCUCAGAAAAACGCAGUUUCUUGGACGGUCCUCAUUUCGGGCUAUGCUCAGCAUGGGAAGUCCGAUCAAUGCUUCCACUUGUUUGGUCAGAUGAUAUUCCAUUUUAGGCCCAACGAUUUCGCUUAUGCGAGUGUGCUGUCGGUGUGCGACCGCCCGCGUGGCCGGCAAGUUCACGGGCUUGUUCUGAAAACCGGUUUCGGUUCUUGGAUUUAUGUUGCUAAUUCUCUCGUGGCCAUGUACUGGAAGAACAGUCGUGAUUCUGGUUCGGAAGCUUGGAGGGUGUUUGAGUCGAUGGAUUUCCGUAAUCUUGUUACUUACAAUUCAAUGAUUUCAGGGCUCGGGAUGCAUGAAGAAGGUGAUAGAGCAAUGGAUUUAUUCAUUAGAAUGCAUCAUGAUGGGAUCAAGUUCGAUUGUGCUACAAUAUUGGCUUUGGUUUCUUCGUUAUGUGGAUCAAAUGAAGGUGAUAAUCGGAUUUUGGGGCUUACAUGUUGUUUGCAACUGCAUUCUUGUGGUAUUAAGACUGGCUUGGUCCUCGAUGUUGGGGUCAAAACUGCUCUGAUCAAAGGCUAUUCUGCUCUCGCUAGCGAAUUUAGUGGUUGUCUUAAGUUGUUUAUGGAGACGAGUGGUAAUGAUCGCGAUAUUGUUCUGUGGACUGGAAUUUUGACAGCUUGUGCCGAAUGGGAACCUCAGCAAGCCCUAAUCUUUUUCAGUCAGAUGCGUCGCGAAGAUUUCAGCCCAGAUUGUUACGUUUUUUCAGUAAUGCUAAAAGCUUGUGCAAACUUGGUGACCGGAAGGACCACCUCUGCAUUCCAUUGUCAAGUGAUUAUUACAGGUUUUACUAAUGUAAUUGAGCUAGGCAAUGCUUUAAUUCAUGCCUACUCAAGAUGUGGUUCGAUAUAUUGUGCAGAGCAAAUGUUUGGUGAAAUGCCCAAAAGGGACAUAGUUUCUUGGAAUUCAGUGCUGAAGGCCUAUGCAGUGCAUGGUAAGGUUGAUAAGGCGCUUGAUUGCUUUCGAGAAAUGGACGUUGGUCCCGAUGGGACCACGUUCGUUGCCCUACUCUCUUCAUGCAGCCAUGCGGGUAUGGUAAAACAAGGAAAGAAUUUAUUUGAUGCUAUGAAAAGUAAGUAUGGUGUAGUUCCGCAGCUCGACCACUAUGCAUGCAUGGUCGAUAUUCUUGGCCGGGCUGGACAUGUUUCGGAAGCCGAGAGAAUCAUAAAGGAAAUGCCUAUGAGGCCCGAUUAUGUCACCUGGAGUGCUUUCCUUGGUGCGUGUCGUAAAUAUGGGGACGCGAGGGCAGCAAGCCUUGCGUCGUCAAACUUGAAGGAAUUGGAUCCCGAAAGCUCACUGGGGUAUGUUUUGACUUCGAAUAUUUAUUGCUUGUUUAGAAACUAUGAUGAAGGUGGUUCCUUGCGAACGAAAAUGAAUCAUAUUGGGGUUAGAAAGGAACCGGGUUUGAGCUGGACAGAGGUGGGCCACCGAGUCCAUGAAUUUGCCUGUGGGGGUCAUCGGCACCCACAGAUUCGAGAAAUUCGUGCAAACAUGGAGUUUUUGUUGAGAGAUUUGAGGAAAAUUGGGUAUGUCCCCGAGACGAGUUUGGUGUUGUUUGAUGUAGAGGAAGAGCAUAAAGAGGAGCAGCUUUAUCAACAUAGUGAAAAGCUGGCAUUGGUUUUCUCCUUGACGACUGCUGGUAAUUCUAAUUGUGAUGUUAUUAAGAUAAUUAAGAACAUUCGGAUCUGUUUGGACUGUCAUAAUUUUAUGAAAUUUGCUUCGAAACUUGUCCGUAAGCAGAUUGGAGAAACUUUGCAGGGAGGAGACCAAAAGCCCGAGUUUAACUUGUCUCCAAAUCCUUUCCACCCGAAGCUACCACCGGCAAGCGCUGCCUCGUUUCCCGUCGACAGAGAGAAACCGGAUGACGUCGUAGCUGGGAGUUCGAAGAAAAGAGAUGGCAUUUCGCUGUCUUCUCGUAAUCUGGCGGGAGAGGCUAGUGAUAGCAAGGGGAUUGCUGAAAUCUCUGAAAAUGAAGUCUCAUUCUGUCUCAAUCUUUUCCCUGAUGGAUAUUCAGUCACUAAACUGAUGAAGGGUGGAUCUGGACGCGAAACAUCUGUAGAUGUAUCAAAGUAUUUACAUCCGUAUGAUAGAGCAUCUGAGACUAUGUUUUCGGAAGUGGAGUCCAGGAUCUUGAAGGCCCAUCAACCCCAACUUAGUCUACAUCCAACUCCACAGCUUGACAAACUAUCUGACAACCCAGGACCCAGCAAGAUGGACGGUUUGCCCGGAUCUGAGUUGCUCUGGAAAAACUCAUUAAUGCAGCAGCAGCAACAUUCGGAGUUGACUGGCAUUGACCCACGGCUGCAGCAGAGGAUGUCUGCUCAGUUCGUGAGAUCGGGCUUUCCUCGGGGCCAGUGUAACAAUCGGGGUCAGGCCCUCGAUAUUAGUAAUAAUCCUAGGAAGGAGGAUUCAUGCCAGAAGAGGAAAUUAGUUCAGAGCCCCCACAUUUCGGCUGGUGGUUUGCCUCAGUCUCCACUUUCAUCAAGAUCUAGGGAAUUUUCCACCGGUUCUCAUCAAUUUGGAGCUGUUGUGAGCAGUGGACACCUGUCUCAGAAGGAAAAAUAUCUGGUCACACCGGCUGCUAAACGGAGAUCUAAUUCUGUACCUAAAACACCUGCUGGAGUUGGUUCUCCAGUUAGUGUGAGCACUAUGAGCGUACCAAUAAGUGCAAGCACUCCUCCUGUCGGGUCACAGGCAUUGGGUGAUCAAUCCAUGCUCGAGAGAUUCUCGAAGAUAGAAGUGGUGACUAUGAGGUGUCAGCUUAACUGCAAAAAGAAAAAGGUGGAAGAGAAUCCCGUGAGGAAACCCAAUGUUUAUUCUGCUCAAUAUUGA